CCUAAGCAAGAACCACCCACUAGCUGGAACAAGAAUUGACUCAUUCCAGGAAACAACAGACAAGCAGCAAGUCAGUUGCAGGUAUCAGCCCAGUCGAGUUGCUGGGCCGCACCUAUCUUGGAUCGAACACCAGCCGUGGUCUGUAGUCUGUCUCUGCUGCUGGCAGCAUGGUGCUCAGGAUGGAGAGUGGUGUACCAAGCGACCUGACCCCUGAGGAGUGUCAAGAAUUGGAGAACAUCCGUCGGCGGAAACAGGAACUGCUGGCAGACAUACAGCGUCUGAAAGAUGAGAUAGCAGAGGUCACAAAUGAGAUUGAGAAUCUGGGCUCCACAGAAGAGAGGAAAAACAUGCAGAGAAACAAGCAGGUGGCAAUGGGGAGGAAGAAAUUUAACAUGGAUCCUAAGAAGGGGAUUCAGUUCCUCAUAGAGAAUGACCUUUUGAAGAAUACCUGUGAGGACAUUGCCCAGUUUCUCUACAAGGGGGAAGGACUCAACAAGACUGCUAUUGGUGACUACCUGGGUGAAAGAGAUGAGUUCAAUAUCCAAGUAUUACAUUCUUUUGUGGAGCUGCACGAGUUUACAGAUCUCAACCUUGUACAGGCACUGCGGCAAUUCCUUUGGAGCUUUCGGUUGCCAGGUGAAGCGCAAAAAAUUGACCGAAUGAUGGAAGCAUUUGCACAACGGUACUGUCAAUGCAAUCCUGGCGUGUUCCAGUCAACAGAUACCUGUUAUGUGCUUUCCUUUGCCAUAAUCAUGCUGAAUACCAGUUUGCAUAAUCCCAACGUGAAGGACAAGCCCACUGUGGAGCGCUUCAUCGCUAUGAACCGUGGCAUCAAUGAUGGCGGGGACCUACCUGAGGAAUUGCUCAGGAAUCUCUAUGAGAGCAUAAAAAAUGAGCCCUUCAAAAUUCCCGAGGAUGAUGGCAAUGACUUGACGCAUACCUUCUUUAAUCCGGACCGUGAAGGCUGGCUUCUGAAGCUUGGAGGUGGCCGAGUGAAGACGUGGAAACGACGCUGGUUCAUCUUGACAGACAACUGCCUUUACUACUUUGAGUACACCACGGACAAGGAACCGAGAGGCAUUAUUCCAUUGGAGAAUCUAAGCAUCCGUGAAGUGGAAGAUUCUAAGAAGCCGAACUGCUUUGAACUGUAUAUCCCUGACAACAAGGACCAGGUCAUCAAAGCCUGUAAGACUGAGGCAGACGGACGUGUGGUCGAAGGAAACCACACUGUGUACCGCAUCUCGGCACCCACUACAGAAGAGAAGGACGAAUGGAUCAAAUGCAUCAAAGCUGCAAUCAGCCGGGACCCUUUCUACGAGAUGCUUGCUGCACGCAAGAAGAAAGUUUCCUCCACCAAGCGGCAUUAGUCCCCUCGUCUAACUCUGCGGUGGUGACCUUGGCAGGGGAUGCCCCUCCCAUCUCCUGAGGGUGGGGGAACGAGAGGCUGCACUAGAUCGUCUGCUCUCUAUUGCUGCCUUCAGGAGACCAGCUUCAGCUUUUGCUAUUCUUUUCCUGUUUGGGAGCAGGAAGAAGGGGAGGGGGCACUAAGCAGAUGGCAGCCACCAACUCACUAACUUCUUUCUUAGGAAGAAUGCCAGCUUCUUAUCUUGGCAACCUGAAUCCCACUGCAUCUUCUGCAGUCCAGGUGACCAAGCGAGAAAGCGGUUGGAGUCUUUGGGGCUAUCAUAGUUGAUUUGUUCAUUGUGUGAGCUAAUGGAGAGGUAGAGCGCAUCAUGCAGCAUGCACCCCUAAGGGGAUGUAACUCUGUUUUAAGUUGCAGUUGCUACUCUCUAAAGCCCAAGCACCAGGAGUGGACCAUGGACCUUUAAAGGUAUACAUUGAUCUAUAGAGCAGACAUGCUAGCUUUGAAGCCUAGAGUUUCCAGAGACACCUCCUAUUGCCUUUAUUUUUUUAUUUGUUAGUCAAGCAAGAUUGGUGGCUUCAGUUCCUAAAGCGAUUCAGCCAUGUGGUCUGUUAGGCAUGAUUAGCUGGGAUCCUCUUUCACUUUUUUUAUAAUUAGCCAUUAGGAGUAUUGAGCAAUCAAGAUGUCUGCUCCAACACCUGGAUUAGUGGCCUAGGGCAAGGCUGCCAUCCUCCAGGAUUUCCACUGUCCUCGUUCUAGAGGGCACCUACUUUUAAGUGGUUCUUGUUAUUGCUGAGAGCCAGUUCACAGGCUUGCAGAAGUGGGCAGGCGGAUUGUGUGAUUAGUAUUGAUGCUUUGCAGGAAGAUUUUGGCCAACAAUUUGUGGGGAUCUGCCCCACUCAGCUGCUGGCUUUGAAAUCUCCACCCUCUGUUUUAUUUAGCAUUGGAAUAAUGGCUCAGAAUAGCAGAGUUUAAGGAAGAAGGGGGUGGGGGGAAACUUCCGAUAAUAAGGAAGGGUAAAACACACACCCUGAGUGUUGUCUUUUGCAGUUCUUUUUUGGCAGGGAUGGGGCCAGAUAGAGUUCAGCUGAGGUUGCCCUGGGCCAGUGGAAGCAGUAGUCCUUGACCCUGAGUGAAGCACAAGUAAGCGGUUAGAGAUUAGGGAUUUGGAGGGGGUGGCUUUGCUGGCUAAUAUUUGCAACUAGGUUUGUUGGGGUGGGAAGGAGAGCCACAAAGAAAGCUGCCUUCCCUUGCAAAAUUUUGGGGAACUCUCGAUUCCUCACACAGUUCUCCAAGCCUCCAAACCCACCUCUAGUAUCAGUCUAUUUAUCUGAGAUGUAGAUACUCUCUGUACAGAUUUCUUUCCCCUUGAGAUUAUUUUGUAUUUGUUUUAAAGAUUGUUUUUAUGAAACACGACAGGAUUCCUGCAUAUUGCUGUAGCAUAAGGGGAAAAUGGGGAGAGUGAAAGCUAUUACAGCUAUUACAGGUCAGACAGUUGGGUUAUAGUUUUGUUUUUCAGGGCUGGUUUGGAACUUUUAUUUCCCACAACUUUGUGAUUUAGCACAGAGCACCUGCAGCAAAUAAACAUUGAACUCACA